AUGUCCGCCAACACCUCCUCGCUUGAUCCGUCUGCUCCCGCAUUCGUUCCGGACAACAAAGCUUCCUCCAGUACCUCUGCCCCACGCACCAUCGAAAAUCAAGGCGAGCCCGACGACGACCUCGGUAUGCCCAAUGAUGAUAUCAAGGAUCCGCUCGCAUAUCGUACCGUCGAUAACCUUGUCGCCCUACUCAUGUACCCUGGGAAAGGCAUGCUCUACCCCGAAGACAAGCACGGCAAUACGAUGCACGAUCGUGUGUUGAUACGCCUCGACUGGGUGAAGAGAACCGUGUCGGAGAAGCACUUCAUCUUCGACUCAGCAAAAGGCAGGUCCGUGCUCCGCGGAGAUAGCAAGAUCCGUACUCACGGCAGGCUUGCGGGCCUUCCCAUGCGAUACUACAACUGGCUGUGUGGCAACGACAUCGAUGAAUCAUUUUUCAGGGGUUACAAGGAACAACUAUGGCUCUGGAGGGUCGGCUUUGUGCGGUACGGCUGA